CAAACAAUCAUCAAUGACACGUCGGUUGCCUGAAUCUGGAGAACUCUAAUUAAAAGGGAGACCACUCGAUGCAAUAUCUAAUUUUAGGAGAUAAGUUACACAUUUAUAGCAACGACAUGUCAUUAUGUUCCGUGAUUUCUUGUGUCGUGGCCGGCAGCUGAUUGCCAGCAAUACCUUUCUAAAGUGGAAAAGAAAACCCCUGGAUCUCUAAUUGCAUUUCAUUACCUAAUUAAUAACUGCUGUUAUAAUUUCGACCAGCUGAAUAAUUACAAACAAGCACGCAUACAUAUAAGAAAAAUGGACUGGAUUCUACUAGAAACGUAGUCGUUUACAAAGCAAUACAUAAAUCCUACAUAUAAACAUACAUAAUCAGAGUAUCUGCCUCUUUUAAGUAUGACAGAGGCUUACAACAGCCAAGUCUUGCCCUCCCGGGCCAUAUAUCCGUCAUCCAAAAAUACUGUAUAUAUUGGAUUACUUGUUGUAGCCAAGUUCUUCAGAGCUUUUGGAUUAUUUUUAUCCUAUGAUCUUCUCAAAGUAAUUCCUGUUGUCCAGUUCCUAUUCAUCAUCAAAGCUGGGAGUUCGGGUCCUUUCCUAUUACUGCAAAAGCCAUUCUCUUCAGGAAAAAAGUUAAGUAAGAAUCAAUGGUUUCGAGUAUUUCGUCAUGCUGUUAUUGGAAGUAUGAUAAACUUACUUUGGCUUUUUGGAUUGACUCUAUGUGGUCCACUCAGGACGAUUUUGCUCUUCGAGCAUAGUGAUAUUGUUGUGAUUGCUUGGGCCAGUGCUUUGUUCAGCAGUAACGGAUCAGCUCCAUCAAAGUUACGUGGUGCCCUAUUUUUUUUGCUUGGAGUUGUCUCCCUGUUAUUAUUGGAUCAUGAUGAUAGGCUUCACCUAAUUUCUGAUCAUGAAUCUGAUGAUUUACACAACAACUUUAUUACACGAAUUUUCCAUCAUGCUUUUGAUCUUAUCGGUUGGUCUGACCAUAAGGGUGGAGUAGUGCUGCUCUUUCUGACUCUCUGCCUUCAGACAGGAUUUGAUAAUGCUUCGAAGAAACUCUCCAUUGACCUCGGGGGUGCAAAACGACUUCAUGCCCUGUCUACUUUCGUCUCAGGACUGCUUCUCUUUCCAUGGGCCUUAUUUCUCUACAUCAGCAUUGAUAAUGAUGUACAGUCUACUUUGUACCUUCUGUUCCCCAUCAUCCUGGUGGUGUUCUUCACCUUCAUUGUUGACUACUACGUCACAGCUGUUGUCAACAACCACUUGCAGAAUGCACACACAGCAGCCUAUGGGUCAUAUGCUAUUUUCAUAUUUGCUCUGCUUAUCAGUGUCAGCUGGAACCAUCCCUAUAUGGCUCGCAUCACUACAAUGGACAAACUGAAAGAGAUUAUCACCGAGGACCACAUACUUUCUGCAGGAGUUCUCUUCAGUAUCUGCGCUUUCUUGAUAUCUACAUAUAUUCUAAUAUCUCCCAGUCGAGGUUCGAAAAUGAGCUUCAUUGGGUACUCACCUGCAGGGAUGCCACUUUAUAGCAUCACAGGGGAAGCACUCCACAAAACUUCCACCUCCAUUCUAAGUUUGCUGAAGGGUGGCCUACGACAUAUUCUAGAAGAAUCAGAUUCUAGGAAAAUAUUUUACUUCCUGUGUAUUAACAUGACAUUCACAUUUGUGGAACUGGUUUAUGGGGUCUGGACCAAUAGCUUAGGUUUGAUAUCUGAUGGUUUCCAUAUGAUGUUUGAUUGUUCCGCGCUGGUCAUGGGACUUUAUGCUGCUGUAAUGACACGAUGGAAGGCAACAAGGAUAUUUUCAUUUGGAUUUGACAGAGUGGAAGUCCUCUCAGGAUUCGUUAAUGGACUUUUCCUUAUUAUUAUUGCAUUAUUUGUGUUCACUGAAGCCAUAGCACGUUUGUUUGAACCUCCUGAAAUUCGUACAGAAAGACUUUUGACAAUUUCUGUCCUGGGUUUGUUGGUAAAUUUGGUCGGAAUAUUUGUCUUCCAUUCUCAUGGUCAUGGACACGGACACGGACACGGUCAUAGUCACAGUCAGAAAGAAUCUUCCAGUAGUUGUGGUGGCCAUGGUCAUGCACAUGGGUCAUCCAGUGGCAGUACACAUCAUCAUUCACCUCAUGGUCAUCACCACCAUCCUCAUCAUCAACCCACACAACAUGGACAUCCUCAUUUAAACACCAAUAUGCAAGGUGUGUUCCUCCAUGUCCUUGCUGAUACUCUAGGGAGUGUCGGGGUAAUUGUCAGCUCAAUCUUGAUUGAGAACUUUGGGUGGAAUGUUGCUGACCCCAUAUGUUCCGUCUUCAUUGCUGCUUUGAUUCUGCUCAGUGUCUUUCCUCUGCUGAAAGAGACCUCUUACAUUUUGCUGCAACGAACACCAUUGAAUCAAGAGAAACCACUCAAUGAAUGUCUAAACAGGGUUUUAGCUUUGGAAGGAGUCACAUCCUACAGAGACCCACACUUCUGGAACCACACUUCUACCAAAAUAAUGGGCUGCAUACAUGUACAAGUAAAGCCUGAUGCCAGUGAACAGAAAAUUAUUGCUCAAGUAAAUGGUAUUUUCAAAGACAUUGGCGUUCACAGUCUUGUGAUCCAAGUUGAAAAAGACGCUUACUUCCUGCACUUGUCAGGACUUGGUGCUACAUUUGACCCAAUGAUUCAACAGUCCAGAACAUUUGGCAGAUCAAACAUUGAGAGCAUCACAGCAGUCCCCUCCAUUGCUUCAAUAUGAUGAUUAUAUUAUUUAUGAAAUUUUAUAAUAUAUAUAUAUAUUCAAAUAAAUUCUUGUUUUAUAA